AUGUGUAUUGUCCUCCUUACGACGGCGCACCCCAAAUACGCGCUAAUUGUCCUUGACAACCGAGACGAGUACAUUCUUCGGCCGACCAGUAGGCCGCAUUGGUGGACAACCCAACCAGAGUCGCACAUACCCGGCGGAUCAGCAAACGGGUCAGCACGGAAGCCAAAUGAGGCCGGUAUAAGCAGUCCGCCCGGCGAUGUUCAUAUUCUCUCCAGUCGAGACUUGCAACGGGCCGAACGAGGAACCUGGCUAGGCAUUACCAAGGGUGGCAACUUCGCCGUACUUACAAACUACCGCGAGCUGGACUCGCACAAUGCCGCGCACCCUGUGCACGCUCAGCGCAGCCGCGGUGGCAUGGUGACAGCUUGGCUACGCGCGGACCCAGCCGAGUCAACAGCACAGUUUGUGCAUCGCAUGCUGGACAGCGGCGAGGUCAAAGGCGUCGGGGGCUUUUCACUGAUCUGCGGCAAGCUGCGAAAGGUGAAGGGGGAAAAGAACAUCGAGCCGCUUGCCAUUAUCUCCAAUCGGUGCGACCACGUCGAUCAGGUUCCCUGGAUCUGCGGCCAGCGGGGCCAGACCUAUGGUCUAAGCAAUGCCACCUACCUUGAACCAACAGCGGAGAACAACAACGCAUUGCUCUGGCCCAAGAUUCGCGACGGUAUCGAUAUGUUGAACGACGCCGUUGCUGCGACCUCGGGAAGUUCGAGCACCGAGAGCGAAUUACUAGACUCAUUCUUCAAGAUUCUAGACUCGGAUAAGUUCCCAUCAGACCAUACCAUAGACUUGGACGACGGCCUCCCGCUGCUGAAGAACUCUAUCUUCAUUCCAGCCUUCGGUGGCAAGGAGCAUCAAGAGGAAAUGAGGGAAGCACAGCAUCGUGGCGAUGUGGAGAGGAAGGGACACGACUCCCCGGCUGCCGAGACACUCACGAUGGUAGCUCGGCCAGAUGACCAACCUAACGGGUUCGAGACAGGCCUCUACGGCACGCAGCGCCAGACAAUCCUGCUUGUAGACUGGGAUGGCAACGUCACAUAUACAGAACGUGCCCUUUGGGACUCAAAUGGCAAUCCAAUCCCGAGAGGCUUCGGGGACGAGACCUUCAAAUUCAAGAUCGAAGGAUGGGAAUCGAGCCGGAAGCCGCGGGCCAAUGGCGCAAUGCUUUAG